AUGAGUUAUAGUGUCAACACGUUUACAGAUUACGUUUUAUUGUUUGGAUCAUCUAGUUUAGUAGGAAAAGGUAUUUUAGAGAACCUGUUGGACAUAAAUUUAUAUAUUAAAAAUGUUUCGGACCUACAAGGCAAGCUUGAUAGCUUAAGUGAAAUAAAGGGAAAUGUCGUUCUCAAUAAACAUGUCUUUUGUGUUAAUAGAAGGUGCAUCAAUGAGGAGAAAUCAUUUAUGAAGACCAUUGAUUAUAUAAAUAUGAGAUCAGUUACUUGGCAAGGUGGCAGAUAUUACUUGAGAAGCAGGAAAGAAAAAGACACUGAAAAAGUACCGUCUAGUCCUAAUACUUUUUGUUAUGAUAAUUUUGAAGAAGGAUUUAUUAAAAAUACGCCUGAAGAGAGGGGAAAAGAUGGUUAUUCUUUUGUUUAUAAUCAGAAACAGUUCAGUUACACACUACAUUAUGCAUGCGGAAAGGAAAAAGGUAUUGAGAUCAUUUGUAAUUUUACUGUAACGCAAUUGAUCAUCCCCAGAUCUGAAACUUGGCCAAAAUUGCUUCCACGGAUAUUCUCAGGAACACAAAAGCUGGAAAAGUUUGACAUUGACAACAAAAAUUACGUUCCCGGUAGAAGUUUGCCUAGUCUGUGUGAUAUUAGCACUAUGGUGUGCUCUUUGGGCUCCACCUCAGCUAGAGUGCGGAGAACUCAGGUACCAAGUUCCUUUGCUGACUAUUACUUACCUUUUAAUUUAGCACAAGAAUUCACGAAUACAACUAACAAAAGGUUGGUGGUUACAACUGCCUUUAAUAAUGAUUUUCUUAGUAAAACUUUCGAGUAUUUUAGAAUAAAAGCUAAAUUAGAAAAUGACUUGGAUGAAGCUUUGCCAAAUAAGCUAAAGGAGCUAGUUAUUUUGAGGCCAGGUCCGAUGUGUGGACAGCACGGAAAUCCUAUAAACGUUGAAUUGGGUAAAGAAAACUCCACUUUCUUGGAAAAAAUUUUUUAUUAUCCUCACUAUCUUUUAGUUUAUAAAAAGAAAUAUAUCAGUGAGGCCAGAAGGAUUGGCUUAAGAACAAAGUUAAGCGAAAUAAUUGCUUCCAGUAUAUAUAGGAUGCCAGGAUCUGCAUUAUUAGGAUACGCUGUCCCAGUUUCAAAGGUUUCUUAUGUUGCCUCUUUGAUGGCGAUUGAAAGGAAAAGUAAAGAGGCGGGACCUAAGCUGGAAGUAAUUAGCAGUUAUCAAAUUGAUAUGAUUGUGUGA